GGUGUCCUCAGCACACUCUCUCGUCGUCGGUCUCUCGAGACACUUCUGGGUCCUCAUCAUGUGCACCGGAAAAUGUUCCAAGUUUAUUGGGCUGUCUCUGUACCCGUUCGCCGUCAUCUGCAUCAUCUGUAACAUUCUGCUUUUCUUUCCGGGAUGGGAAACGGAGCCGGUGCGAAACACGCAAGACCAGCUCACUCCAGAAGUGAUCUAUUUAGGUGGGAUUAUCGGUGGCGGCAUACUGGUCCUAAUUCCGGCCAUUCACAUUCAGGCAACGGGACGGCAGGGAUGUUGCAAUAACCGCUGCGGGAUGUUCCUGUCCAUCCUGUUUGCUGCCAUAGGAGUUGCCGGAUCUGUUUACAGCUUUACCGUGUCUACUGUGGGCAUGGUGCGAGGACCCGUGUGCAAUUACACCGACCCAAUCACCCACGAUCCUAAGUGGGGUAGGCCUUUUUUUACUGAGCUGGAAAAUUUUAGUAAUGAAAGUUACCUCUUCAAUAGAGAAACAUGGAGUGUGUGUACCUACCCCCCAAAUGUAGCUGAGUUCAAUAUCAUUCUGUUCUCCAUCAUCCUGGCUGCCAGUGGCAUCGAGAUCAUAUUGUGUGUCACACAGAUGCUGAACGGCCUAUUUGGAUGUCUCUGUGGUACAUGCCGAAACAAAGACUAAACUGGGAGUGUUAACAUCCUUACCACCGAUCGUAGCCCUCCAAUUCCUCAGCGCUCCCAAUACCCCCCCCUCAAAGGCUGGUUCCUUUGGGGGUAACGAAAGGGAACCACCCGCCAAUCUUUUCUGAAUACAGAUUAUACCUUUUUGUGCAUUGAUGAGAGAAGGGACACUCUGACCCACGUACCCCCCGCCCACUGGGACAGAAUGAAGGCUCCACCCACCAGACUGGCCCCCUCCCCCUUCCGGGUGGAAAGCUGAGAAUAUAUUUCUUGAAAUGUACAUAUCAUUUAUAUUUGUAUUUAUAAUUUAUGUCAAUGACAUUAUUCAAAUAAAAAACAUGUUUACAAUUAA